AUGGUUCACUCACAUUCAGUUGAUAGAACAUCGGACAGAUAUCUUAAAUGUGAUGUCAAAUGUAAAAGAAAAGCUACAAAUCAAUGUCAUGGAUGUGGAAAAAUACAUUGUAGUGAUCAUUAUUUGGAACAUCACAAUAAACUGAAGGAUCAUUUUAAAUAUGUUAUACAUACACGAGAUUUAUUAAGUCAAGAAUUGAAGUUGUUAACAUCACAAUUAUCAACAAAUGUCACAUUAGACUUGGUAAAACAAAUUUAUAAAUUACAAAUGGAAUCAACGAAAAAUUGA